GAGUGUGGGAAAAGCUUCAGUCAGCGCUCACACCUUAUCAGACAUCAGAGAAUCCACACAGGAGAGACGCCCUACAUGUGCGCUGAGUGCGGGAAAAGCCUCAGUCGGCGCUCAUACCUUAUCACACAUCAGAGAAUCCACACAGGGGAGAUGCCCUACACGUGCUCUGAGUGCGGGAAAAGCUUCAGUUGGCGCUCAAACCUCAUCACACAUCAGAGAAUCCACACAGGGGAGAUGCCCUACACGUGCUCUGAGUGCGGGAAAAGCUUCAGCCGGCGCUCAAACCUUAUCGCACAUCAGAGAAUCCACACAGGGGAGAUGCCCUACACGUGCUCUGAGUGCGGGAAAAGCUUCAGUCGGCGCUCACACCUUAUCACACAUCAGAGAAUCCACACAGGAGAGCAGCCCUACACGUGCGCUGAGUGCGGGAAAAGCUUCAGUUGGCGCUCAAACCUUAUCACACAUCAGAGAAUCCACACAGGGGAGACGCCCUACACAUGCGCUGAGUGCGGGAAAAGCUUCAGUCGGCGCUCAAACCUUAUCACACAUCAGAGAAUCCACACAGGGGAGACGCCCUACACGUGCUCUGAGUGCGGGAAAAGCUUCAGUUGGCCCUCUGCCCUUAUCAGACAUCAGAGAACCCACACAGGGGAGACGCCCUUCACGUGCGCUGAGUGCGCGAAAAGCUUCAGUCUGCGCUCAAUCCUUAUCACACAUCAGAGAAUCCACACAGGGGAGACGCCCUACACGUGCGCUGAGUGUGGGAAAAGCUUCAGUCGGCGCUCUGCCCUUAUCAGACAUCAGAGAAUCCACACAGGAGAGCAGCCCUACACGUGUGCUGAGUGCGGGAAAAGCUUCAGUCGGCGCUCAAACCUUAUCACACACCAGAGAAUCCACACAGGAGAGACGCCGUACACGUGCUCUGAGUGCGGGAAAAGCUUCAAUCGGCGCUCACACCUUAUCACACAUCAGAGAAUCCACACAGGGGAGCUGCCCUACACGUGCUCUGAGUGCGGGAAAAGCUUCAAUCAGCGCUCAAGCCUUAUUAGACAUCAGAUAAUCCACACAGGGGAGAAACCCUACACGUGCUCUGAGUGCGGGAAAAGCUUCAAUCGGCGCUCACACCUUUUCAGACAUCAGAGAAUCCACACAGGAGGGAUGCCCUACACAUGCGCUGAGUGCAGGAAAAGCUUCAAUCAGCGCUCAAUCCUUAUCAGACAUCAGAGAAUCCACACAGGGGAGCUGCCCUACACAUGCUCUGAGUGUGGGAAAAGCUUCAGUCUGCGCUUACGCCUUAUCACGCAUCAGAGAAUCCACACAGGGGAGAAUCCCUUCACGUGCUCUGAGUGUGGGAAAAGCUUCAAUCGGCGCUCACACCUUAUCACGCAUCAGAGAAUCCACACAGGGGAGAAGCCCUACACAUGUUCUGAGUGUGGGAAAAGCUUCAAUCAGUGCUCAAUCCUUAUCACACAUCAGAGAAUC